AUGGUUACACUUGAAGAUGGUGGUUAUAACGAUAUUGUAAUUGCAAUUCACCCAGGACUGCCUGAAAAUGCUCAACUUAUACAGAAAGUCAAGGACAUGGUGAAUGAAGCCACCCGAUAUUUAUUUAAUGCCACACAGAAGAGACUUUUUAUCAGGAGUGCUAAAAUACUAAUUCCACUGACCUGGUCUAAUCAGAACUAUACCAAGCGAAAGACAGAGACAUACGACAAGGCAGACGUAAUUAUUGCCAACCCUUACCUGAAAUAUGGAGAUGAUCCAUAUACUUUACAAUAUGGAGGCUGUGGAGAGCCAGGAAAAUAUAUACAUUUUACAUCAAAUUUUCUGCUGGAUGAUAAACUGCUCUCAGUAUAUGGACCUCGAGGAAGAGUAUUUGUUCAUGAAUGGGCUCAUCUUCGAUGGGGGGUCUUUGAUGAAUAUAACUUUGAGAAACCUUUCUAUGUUUCAACUGACCUUAAAGUUGAAGCAACAAGAUGUUCCCGUGAUAUUUUUGGAGUGUAUAUAAAAAAGGCAGACCAGUGUCAAGGAGGUUCUUGUAACACGCGUCCGUGCGUUUUUGACUCUAAUACCGGACUUUAUGAGGAGGGAUGCAUGUUUGUGCCUGACAAGUACCAGCAGGUCAAACAAUCCAUAAUGUAUCUGCAGGCAUUGCCAUCGGUGCUUGAAUUUUGCAAUACUGAUAAUCAUAACAUUGAAGCUCCUACGCUACAAAACAGAAUGUGUAAUUUGCGCAGUACCUGGGACAUCAUUAAGAACUCCACUGAUUUCAAUUCCACUCACCCAAUGAAUAAUUUCAAUGUACCUGUUCCCUCAAUCUCACUGAUACAAUAUAAAGACAGGGUGAUUACUCUGGUGCUUGAUGUUUCUGGAAGUAUGACAACUUUUAACCGUAUUCAACGAUUAUACCAGGCAGCAGAGAUCUUUGUUAUUCAGACCAUUGAAGCAGGAUCUUAUGUUGGAAUUGUUAAAUUCUCAUCUUCUAGUGAGAUUGCAACUCCACUGAUACAAAUUAAAAAUGAUGAGGAUCGAAAAACUCUGAAAUCCUUUCUUCCAACAACUGCAGAUGGAGGAACAAAUAUAUGUUUAGGAGUCCUGACUGGCAUUCAGGUUAAUGAACAGUUGGAUGGAUCUUCACAUGGAACUGAAAUAGUCCUGUUAUCAGAUGGGGAAGAUAAUUAUGACACCUCCCUAUGUUUCAAUGAUAUAUAUAAAAGUGGAGCUACCAUCCAUUUUAUAACACUGGGACCAUCUUAUACCAAAUCACUAAUCGAUGUAGUAAAAAACACAGGUAAAGCAAUCUUAUAUUCUCAUAACACUAUUUUGUGUAUACAGUAUCUGUUUACUUUAAAUUCAUUAUAUAUAAUUACCACUAUAUAUUUCUUUCAGCUCGAAAGCAAGGCGUCAAUCCUUAAACCAGGAGACUGUUUGAAUGGCAGCAUAUUCAUUGACAACACAAUAGGAAAUUAUACUUUCUUUGUAGUUACUUGGGAAAGUGCAUCUCCAAAUGUGAAUCUACAAGACCCCACAGGACAAAUAUAUACUGCAUUAAAUUUCACCAAUGACACAAUCUCUAGAUCUUCAAGGCUUGAAAUUCCUGGAACAGCGGAGAGGGGACCAUGGGAUUACAGCCUCUGCAAUACUUUGGCAGAAAGUCAAUCCAUAGGUUUAAUUGUGAAUUCAAAAUCAGCUGAUGAAAAUGUGCCUCCAAUUACCGUCAACGCCCAUAUGAAUACAGAUAAAAAUGUUUACCCUUAUCCAAUGGUGGUUUAUGUGUCAGUGAGUCAAGGUAUGUUACCAGUGAAGGGAGCAAACGUCACAGCAAUUAUUGAACCAGUGUCUGGAGCACCCACUGUCCUGGAGCUUCUGGAUAAUGGAGCAGGUGCUGAUAUUGUGAAGAAUGAUGGAGUAUACUCAAAAUACUUUACUGCCUUUAGAGUUGAUGGGAGACAUAGCCUAAAAGUGCGAGUUGAAGGAGUAAAGGGUAAAAGCCGUUUGACAUUGCGCCGAAGUCACGCACUAUAUGUUCCGGGUUAUAUAGAAAAUGGUACGAUCACGCUGAAUCCUUCAAGGGUAACAGUUGAUGACGAUGGUCUUGAUCUGGGGGCAUUCGUUAGAACAGCUUCAGGUGGAGCAUUUGAAGUGACUAAUGCCUCAUUAUAUCAGAAGCAAAAGAUCUUUAAACCCGAAAAAAUAUCAGAUUUAGAGGCUAAAAUAGAAAUUGGACAUAUUAACCUUUUCUGGACGGCCACUGGUAAUGUUUUGGAUGAAGGAACAGCUUCAGAGUAUGAUUUAAGAAUGAGCAAAAGCCCUAAAGAUUUAAGAGACAACUUUUAUGCAUCAUUACAGGUUAACAUGACCAGUGUCAACCCAAAAAUAGCUGGAUCAAGGGAAUCCUUCUCAUUUGUGCUACAAAAUGUACCAAUUGAAAAUGGAACGAUACGAUUUUUUGCCUUAGUUGCUAUUGACGAGACCUUUCAGAGAUCGGACAUAUCGAAUAUUGCCCAGGCAGCUCUCUUCAUUCCUCCAACACCAGAGGCAGAGGCAGCUACAACACACCAGGGGCAGGGCAGCAGCUACAACACCAGGGGCAGCUACAACACCAGGGGCAGCUACAACACCAGAUGGAGAAAUCACACCAGAGGAAACAAUGGAGACACCAGAGGAAAAUGA